CAGAAACACCACAUGUCUGCGUUUUCCGCCUUCCUAGCUCAGCCUCAAGAAAACCAGAACAACAACACCACACAGAAUGGGAUAGAUUCGAUUUCGUUGGGACAGCUCAAGCAGCUCGUAGCCAGCAUGCCCAAAGACAGACAAUGGUGGUACGACUACAAGUAUGACGACGAAGACACAGUCAUGAACGAGAUCGAAGAAUUCUACUCCUACGUAGAGAUGCCCCAGGUAGCAGAGAAUCUGCGAGCCUGGGAAGGCUCCUUUCCUGGUGAAUGGACAAAAGCCCCGUUGGCGACGCGUAAAGCCCACGUUGAGGUGUUGCUGGAGAGCCUUGAGCACAAGAAUGCCGAGAUUCGAUUCACAAACGCGCGCCGGUUAUUCUAUAUCCUCCAGGGGACAUUCGCGGAGACCGUUUCUCCCGAACAUCAGCUACACUGGAUAUUCGAAAACUGCAAGAUCGUCCGCUCUGCAAAUGGCGUUAGCACCAUUAUUGAAGCGAUGAAGAUUGCAAGCUCCAAACACGACCUCUUAUGUGGACUUUCCGAUGCCGAUGCUGAGCAAUACCACAUAUCAGCCGCCGAAAAGACCGACUUUAUUGAGGAAGUCACAACUGAGAUCUCGGUCUAUCUCGGAAUGCUCUACCAUUUAGUUGAGAUAUUCAAGGGUCAUGAUGACUUUGCGGACGAACUGAUGAGUUUCGAUCCUCCGUUACCUGUCUAUCUAUUCAACGUCGUGUCUGGACUGCGGGACAAGAGUGCCAGAGGCUAUCCAAUCAAGAAGCUCUUGUUGGUCUUGUGGAAAUCGUUAUUGUCAUGUUGUGGUGGUAUCCGUGACUACGCUCGUGUCAAAAAGCUUUCACGAGAACUCGCAGGACUCCAGCCAGUUGUAGACGGAGGCGAGCCUUAUGUCAAGUCCACGCCUCUGGACAUCGAGAUGUUCCGUCAAGAAACCGCAGUCAAGUACCCCACUUUCACUGAACCGCCACUUGAAAUUGUUGCGCCAAAGCCAGUGCCUGUGACGACCUCUCGAUUGGCACAGGCGUAUUCACCAAUCCCGAUCCGACAUCAUUACCACCAUGAAGACUCUUCCGCUCAGCCGCUACAAUUCCAGCCGCAGCAACCCGGAGUGCGACCCCAACAGCAACCGCCCCAGCCUGCGACGCCUGCGCCAACCCCACCUCCACCCUCGCCCAAGCCGAAAAAACAACAAUACCAGACUGACCAGGGCCGACCAUUCCUGUUUCCCUUUUCACGUAAUAACCGCUACGACAAAGAUGCGCGCCUAGUUCCCUUUGCGGUUGACGAGGCGGAUCGAUUGUACAACCGGCAUAUGUAUGUCAGUGUUGCUUUGUGGCAAAUGUGGCGCACACGCGAGGACUGCAUGAAGGCAGAGAGCGGGCUCGACCAUAUUCCCGGCUCCCAAGGGCCUGCAGAGUCAUCUACGUUCAUCCCGCCAAAGGAUCCUGACGUCACCGAGCCCUUGCCUGACAUUGCACUCUUGGACGCCAAGAUUGCGGAGGCGACCAGGAUCAUGGAGCAAGGUAACAGUCCCGCGGAAAAGCGCAAAGCGAAAGAACGGAAAGAAGACCUGAUGCGCCUCAAGCGCGUUGAACAUAUUUAUAGCGCGGUGCUCCCCGCGCUUUCCAACUGGGUCCUCGUGCUGCUUAAGCUUCUGCUUGCCACUGUGUCAGCAAGCACAAAUAUGCAGCCCCCGCAGUCUGCAUCCAAUGUCUUUCCCCCAGGCGUGCCCUCCCAAGAGCAGCCAUCGCCACCGCCCAUGACAUCCGAUGAGAUUGAUGUAACCCGCCACCGCGAGAUCACUUCCAAGGCCGUCUCCGCUAUCCUGCUGUUGGUGCUCAAGUGGUUCAAAGUCUCGCAUGUAAUGAAGUUCCACCACCUCGGCCAACACCUACUCGAUACCAACUGUCUGCUACUGAUCCUCAAGAUGUUCUCCCUCCAGGAUCUCUCCAUCAUCGUCGUGUCCAAAGCGGACUCGCCCGAAAACAACUUCUUCCGAUACUGUAUGCUCCGCUUCGCGAAGAACCCACAGCCGAUGUUGCCCGCGGACAGCCAACAACGGCCUCCUAGACAUACCGUGACUAAGUCACGAGUACUGCCCAACGGGGAGCGGCUCGAGGAGGAGGUGGACAUGGUUACCGAGUUCUCGUGGCGCAACUUUUUUGCGACGAUCAACUUUGCUAAGAUCAUGCAGAAACUGAGCAAGGGCCGCGCACACCGCAUCUGGAUGCUCAUUCAAUACAAGAGCUCGCCUGUGCUGAAAAGGGCGCUUAAAGUGCAACACCCGGUGUUUCAGCUCCACGUGCUCAAGCUCAUUAAGAGUCAAGUCCCGUUUUGCGGGCGGAAAUGGCGGCAGACAAACAUGAAGGUGAUAACCUCAAUCUACCUCAACUGCCGACCAGACCUCCGCGAUGAGUGGCUGACGGGGAAUGAGGUGGACGAUGCGAGCGAUGCACAGGCACAGGAACACGCCCUGCGGCAUUUGGUCAAGUUUUACAACAACCGGCGGUACGGGCCGAGUACUGCGGCGGGACAGGCCGGCCCGGUACACCGGCGGUCAGGCAGCAUGUCCCAUCACAUCGAGAGUCUGUACCCUGGUGCAGGCGCAGAACUUGGCGCGCUGCGACCGCUGGGGACACCAAAUACUGACGCGGCAGACGUUUUCCCACCAACGCGGGCACGUGCACCAGACCCAGCAAUCUUUUUGCCCUACAUCACGGAAGACAGCGCAUUUGAAGAGGAGUACGAGGAGUUUCUGUCGGAUUGGGGCAGUGAGCAGGGUGGAGAGGGCGACGCGCUCCCUACUUCGGCCUGGCAUCGACUGCCAUCAGAGAUCCCUGAUGGGAUCAGCGACAGCGAAAGUAUCGUGUCGAUCGGGGAGCUUGGGGAUGAUGCGCGGCUGGAUGUGGAGGCAGCACGGGAUGGAGCAGCGACGGAAGACGAGAAUUUAAAUAAUUGGGAGCACAUGAGUCCGAAGACAAUGGCAGCGCUGCCAAAGUCCCCAGCUGGUGGGCGACGAUCAAGUCAUGGCGGUGGGUUGCGGCCUGUACUACCAUUUGGGUUGGACGAUGCAGUGUCAGUGGAAUUGGAUGCACUAGAGGACGAUGAUGCAGAAGGUGAGGGGGUGCCGGUCGGUCGGGAGACGCGGGCAGGAGGCGUGGACGAAGUUGAAUAUGUCUUUGGUGUGUAG